GCAUUGCAACUACAUAUGCCACCAAUUUUCUCGAAAUGGUUCAAAUCGAAAGACAACUUUAUAGCUGAGACAAUGUUUCCGAUCUCUGAAAAGGUGGCUUUGGUGACCGGCGCUCUAGGUGGGAUCGGUCAGGAAUACAUCAGGGCUCUGCUCCAGAACAACAUUAAGGGUGUUGCAUUGGUGGAUAUAAAUGAUGCUUGUGCCGAGAAGUUUAUAGAGGAUCUGAAGAAGUGCUUCCGAGGGCAGAGAUUAUUUUUCAUAAAGGCCGAUGUAACGGAUUUGCAGCAAUUAGAAGAUGCUUACAAAAAGACGAUAGAUCAUUUCCAUCAUCUAGACAUCGUCGUCAAUAAUGCAGGCGUUCUGGAUGAGAGAAAUUUCGAACGGACACUCAACAUAAACCUGAUAGCGACAAUUAGAAGCACGUAUUUGGCGUUUAACAAGUAUUUGAAAGACUUCAAAGGAGGCGACGAGGCCGUCGUGGUGAACACCUCAUCGAUAGUUGGCCUGAUGCCGUAUGACUGCAUUCCCACGUAUUCACUCACCAAGCGAGGGGUGAUCACGUUGGGAAUGGUGAUGGGCACGAAAGGCCACUACGAGAGGACCAAAGUGAAGAUCAUCACAAUCUGUCCCGGAGGCACCGAAACGCCGAUGCUCGACAUGUAUUCGGACAUGCCCGAUGAACUGGCGGAGAUGAGCGAAGGUCUGAUGAACGAGAGCACUUUUCAGAGUCCGGAGUUCCUUGGAAAAGGCUUAAUCAAGAUUCUGCACGAGGCGACAAAUGGUUCCGUCUGGAUCUGCCAGAAUUGUCAGCCCGCCACGCAAGUCCACAUCGAAAAGAACAACGUACUGCUCAAAUCCAAACACUGACCACCCACCCUGUCCAUCCAUAAAUUAUAAAUCUACAUCUAUUCAUGUUUUUCUCUCUCUUCCUUUUCCACUUCAUCUUCAAAUGAACUAUUAAUAUGUUUUAUAUAUUAAGUGUUCAAUAUUAAAUAAAAUAAUAUAUUUACAAGUAAA